UCUUUCUCUUUCACAGAUCUCACAGCUGAGGGAUCACUGACGUCUCUGAGCUGCAGAGGACAGCAUCUGACAAGCAGAACCAGUGAGGAUCAGCGGCCAGGAAGCCGGAAGAGGGAGAAACUAUUCAAACAGUCGCUGUUGCUGAGAGGAGAAAAUGGCAAAGAGAGGAGCUCAGCUGGACGCAGAAAAGUUCUCUUGCUCCAUCUGUCUGGAUCUCCUGAAGGAUCCGGUGACGGUUCCCUGUGGACACAGCUACUGCAGCGACUGUAUUAAAAGACACUGGGAUGAACAGGACGACAGCGGAUUCUACAGCUGCCCUCAGUGCAGGAAGAGGUUCAGGCGAAGGCCGAAACUGAAGAAAAACAUCCUGUUGGCAGAGUUAGUGGAGAAUCUUAAGAAAACUGAACUGCAAGUUGCUGGACCUCAAGAUGUGUCCUGUGAUGUUUGCUUUGGGAGGAAGCUGAAAGCCGUCAAGUCCUGUCUGGUCUGUUUGGCCUCUUACUGUGAGGAACAUCUCCAACCUCACUAUCGAUCUGCUGCUUUUAAGAAGCACAGGCUGCUGGAGCCCUGCAUGAAAAUCCAGGAGAAGAUCUGCUCUCUUCAUGAUGAAGAGACGGAGAUUUUCUGUCGCACCGAUCAGCAGAGUAUCUGUUACCUCUGCACCAUGGACCAACACAGAGACCAUGAAACAGUCCCAGCUGCAGCAGAGAGGAGGCAGAAGCAGAAAGAGCUGGAGGAGAGUCGACUGAACGUCCAGCAGGGAAUCCGAGAGCGAGAGGAAGCUGUUGAUCGACUUAAGGGGCGGAUCAUCGGCAUCAAUUUCGAAGCUGAUGAAGUAGUGGAGGAAAGCGAGGUGUACUUCACCGAGAUGAUCAGUUUCAUCCAGGAUAAGAGUAGUGAGGUGAAACAGCAGGUCAGAUCCUAUCAGGAAUCUGUAGUGAGUGAACUCAAAGAGCUUCAGGGGAAAAUACAGCGAGAGCUCAGUGAGCUGAAGAGGAAAGACGUCCAGAUGGAGCAGCUGGUUCACACAGAGGACCACGCCCAGUUUCUGAUCAGCUACCCCUCAGUGUCAGCACUCAGUGAGCUCACACACUCCUACAGCAUCCAGACUGCUCCUCUGAAAGACUUUAUGGAUGUGCCAGUAGGUGUGAGAAACAUCAUGGUGAAUCUGUGGGACAUCCUGCGAGAGCACAUCACGCUGAAAGCCACUAAACAGCAGUUUGUACCGCUAUGCCCACAGCCAGAGACCAGAGAAGAUUUCUUACAAUACGCACAGAAGAUCACACUGGAUCCAAACUCUGCACACAGAGAGCUGUUAUUAUCUGACAAGAAGAGAAAAGUAACUUAUACGGAAGAAGCUCAGCCUUAUUCUUAUCAUCCACAAAGGUUCAGGAGGUACCUUCAGGUUCUGAGCAGAAAUCCUCUGAUGCACCGUCAUUACUGGGAGGUGGAGGUGAGAGGAGAAGGAGUUUUUGUCGCAGUAACAUACAAGGACACCAGCACAGCAGGGGGCUACACUGAAUGUGGGUUUGGAUCAAAUUCCAAAUCUUGGGCUUUAUUUUGUGAUGCUGCCAGUUUUAAAUUUCGGCACAACAACAAACUAACUCCCGUCUCAGGUCCCUGGUCCUCCAGAGUGGGAGUGUACCUGGAUCACACAGCAGGUGUUCUGUCUUUCUACAGCGUCUCUGAAACCAUGACUCUCCUCCACAAAGUCCAGACCGCCUUCACUGAGCCUCUAUAUGCUGGAGUUUGGCUUUAUCCUGAAGAAGGAGAUUCUGUAAAGUUCCUGAAGCCUCAGAAGAGGACUUCCAUCAGAUCAUCAGAUGAGUUGAGUUAG